AUGGCCUCGUCCUUGUCGCCGAACAACCAUUCACCUGAUCGUAGGGAAACUAUUUUGAGUUUGGUGGAAAUGCUCUUGCGGAAUAACGAUACCAUGAGCCCAAGAAAUGUCCAGGCUCCUUCCUUUGAGGACGACAGAGACGUUCCGUAUCACCUCCGCGAUCGUCUGGCGCAGUUGCUAUUUCUGUAUCACGAAAAUGCAGCCGACCUUUUCCCUCGUAAAAUAUCCCAUAUAGCACGUGAAACCACAGAAGACUCUGAAGCAGCGACCCAGCACCGCAAGAUAUUCCGGAGAGUUCGAGGAAAAGCCCAACUUCACGUUCCUCGGCCCACUGUUAACGAAAAAUUGGAUGCCGAAUCUUUCCCGCAACAAUUUGAACAAUUUUCUAAAGAAGUCAUGACAUUUCUGCGCUGUUUGAAUGAAUUUCCGGAGUUCACAGAUGAGGCAGUCAACACGUCAAUCUUGUCGUUUGAGGGUGAUCUAAAGUAUUGGGCUUCAUGUUUAAAAGAAUACUCCACUCAAUUUCGCUAUCCCGCCGUUCAAAGAUACAUCCACGACCUUUCUAGUGAAAUGGGAGAACAUCUUGAUGAGUUGUCGUCUUCGCUUUCCAUGUUCAUUGAAGUUGGCGUACCGACCAUUCGAUUUGCCCAAAAGCACGGUGCAGAGAAUCUCCUCAAUCUUUCCACUGUAGCCACCUUUUUUUCUGCCGUCACUGCCACAACAAUGCAAUUUUCUUUCGAACUUGAGCACACCACAGUCGCUGAUUCGCCGUUCUCCUGGCCACAGAGUGCCGUGGUGGGUGUUAAUUUGGAUAAAACGUUCUCCGCUGUUUCCAUCAUCAUCAAGGCGCGCGUUACAUCUCUCAUUACCUCUGUUCUGACUGCAUUUACCUCUUUUGGCCUCGCUGCAGUGUCUGCUUGGUUUGCCUCCGAACGAUGGGCAUUUACUCGGCAUCGAGGUCAAAAAUGGUUGAGCGACGUGCUAUCAGAAGCUGUUGAUGCAUUCUUUCAGCUCAAAGCUAUCCGUUGUCUCUUAAAGAUCAAAGAUUUGGCCUUCAGACAUUUUGGCAAAUUACGAAAAUUCAUUCUACGAAUGUGCGCAGACAUUAUGGCUAGUGUGGCUGCAUGCAACGCCAAAAAGCAUAAAGGAGAUGUAGAGGCGAAUGGGCAUCCUCCCUAA